CCACGGGGUCACAUGAGCAGCCCAGAGCCCGAUGCGGAGCCGCCAGCGGCAGCUGCCCCUGCCGAGCGCCCCCGGCUCGGCCGCAUGGCCAACGUCGCCAAGAAGGUGUCCUGGUCCGGCCGGGACCGCGACGAGGAGGACGAGCCCCCGGCCGCCGGGGAGGCCACCCCGCUGCUGAACGGCGCGGGCCCGGGGGCGGCGGGCGGCCCCCCGCACUCCCGGCCGAUUACCCAUUUACCCUUUCUACGCCUCGGGAAGCUGAGCAGUGUGGAUCUCGACGAUGAUGUACGCGAACUGGAAACGGAGGCCACUAACCAGUUUCCCAGUGAGAUUCCUCACAACGAGAAGCUGCUCUCACUCAAGUAUGAGAGCCUGGACUACGACAACUGCGAAAACCAGCUGUUCUUGGAGGAGGAGAGGCGGAUCAACCACACGGCGUUCCGAACGGUGGAGAUCAAGCGCUGGGUCAUCUGUGCCAUGAUUGGGAUUCUCACUGGCCUCGUUGCCUGCUUCAUUGACAUCGUGGUGGAGAAACUGGCUGGGCUGAAGUUCAGAGUCGUGAAAGACAAUAUUGACAAGUUCACCGAGAAGGGGGGGCUGUCCUUCUCCCUGUUACUUUGGGCCAUUCUGAACUCGAGCGUGGUGAUGGUUGGAUCCGUUAUUGUCGCUUUCAUAGAGCCUGUAGCUGCCGGCAGCGGGAUUCCCCAGAUUAAGUGCUACCUCAAUGGCGUGAAGGUUCCUCAUGUCGUCCGCCUCAAGACCUUGGUGAUCAAAGUCUGCGGGGUCAUUCUGUCAGUGGUCGGAGGCCUGGCUGUCGGGAAGGAAGGGCCAAUGAUUCAUUCUGGAGCGGUCAUUGCAGCCGGGAUCUCGCAAGGAAGGUCGACUUCUUUGAAGCGAGACUUUAAGAUCUUUGAGUACUUCCGCAGAGACACGGAGAAAAGGGACUUUGUCUCGGCCGGAGCAGCUGCUGGCGUCUCAGCCGCUUUUGGCGCCCCAGUUGGGGGAGUUCUUUUCAGCUUGGAAGAAGGUGCUUCCUUCUGGAAUCAGUUCCUGACAUGGAGAAUCUUCUUUGCCUCCAUGAUCUCUACAUUCACGCUGAACUCCAUCCUGAGCUUUUACCACGGGAACCCCUGGGACCUCUCCAGCCCAGGUCUCAUCAACUUUGGAAGGUUUGACAGCGAGAAACUGGGCUACACGUUCCAGGAAAUUCCGAUCUUCAUUGUUAUGGGAGUGGUUGGUGGAAUUCUCGGUGCGAUAUUCAAUGCCUUGAAUUACUGGUUAACCAUGUUCCGAAUCAGGUACAUCCACCGCCCGUGCCUGCAGGUGAUCGAGGCCAUGCUGGUGGCGGCUGUGACGGCAGCCGUGGGGUUUGUGAUGAUCUACUGCUCUAGCGAUUGUCAACCCCUCCAAGGGGAUUCCGUGGCCUAUCCCUUGCAGCUGUUCUGUGCGGAUGGAGAAUAUAACUCAAUGGCCACCGCCUUCUUCAACACGCCUGAGAAGAGUGUCGUCAGCCUCUUUCACAACCCCCCAGGUUCUUACAAUCCCAUGACCCUGGGGAUGUUCACCCUGAUGUAUUUCUUUCUGGCCUGUUGGACCUAUGGGCUCACGGUGUCGGCAGGUGUCUUCAUCCCUUCCCUGCUGAUUGGAGCUGCCUGGGGGCGACUCUUUGGCAUAUCGUUGGCCUACCUGACCAGUGGAGCGAUCUGGGCUGACCCCGGGAAGUACGCUCUGAUGGGGGCCGCAGCGCAGCUGGGUGGGAUAGUGAGAAUGACCCUGAGCCUGACCGUCAUCAUGAUGGAAGCGACAGGCAACGUCACCUACGGAUUCCCCAUCAUGUUGGCACUGAUGACAGCUAAGAUCGUGGGUGACUACUUCGUGGAGGGUCUGUAUGACAUGCACAUCCAGCUGCAGAGCGUUCCUUUCCUGCACUGGGAGGCUCCAGUGACGUCUCACUCCCUCACAGCCAGGGAGGUGAUGAGCGCGCCCGUGACCUGCCUCAGGAGGAUUGAGAAGGUGGGGACAGUCGUGGACAUCCUCAGCGACACAUCAUCCAACCACAACGGCUUUCCCGUGGUAGAGAGCAGCCCGGACCCCACGCAGGUGGCGGGACUGCGAGGCCUGAUCCUGCGCUCCCAGCUGAUUGUUCUCCUGAAGCACAAGGUCUUCGUGGAAAGAGCCAACCUGACCCUGGUUCAGAGGCGGCUGAAGCUGAAGGAUUUCCGGGACGCCUACCCCCGCUUCCCCCCCAUCCAGUCCAUUCACGUCUCCCAGGACGAGCGCGAAUGCAUGAUGGACCUGACUGAGUUCAUGAACCCGUCGCCCUACACGGUGCCCCAGGAGGCGUCUCUGCCGAGGGUCUUCAAGCUGUUCCGGGCACUGGGCCUGCGGCACUUGGUGGUGGUGGAUAAUCACAAUGAGGUGGUCGGGCUGGUGACCAGGAAGGAUCUGGCGAGAUACCGACUAGGAAAGGAAGGGCUGGAGGAACUGUCCCUGGCACAGACAUGACGCUCCUGGGGCGGUUGCUUUGCCGUAUUGAGCCCCGUUCCCCUGGAGGCGUCGGCAGGGAGCUGGUCCCCGCAGGCUGCCGCGCCACCCGGUGCAUUCGGCACGAAUGCCCAGCCCCUGAUUGUGCGUCUUGUCCGUCGCCGUGUUCCCAUUUUACUGGCUGCCUGUCCCCUGUGUCGGCUGGGCGUCGCUGCAGCCUCCUCUCCUGUCACCCGCGGGAGCAGGUGCUGGGCAGAUUCCUGGUUUCUCCCCUCUGCACGCUGGGCCCUUGGAGCAGCUUUGAGGCUAGAGAGCACUGGGGUGGGGAAGCCGAUCCCAGCCCCCUGGGGGAGCGUGAGCAUGCUACGAAGCUGGGCAGCAGACAUCC